AUGUCGACGUAUUUCACAUCACCGAACCGCAAUCAAAUCCGAAGAGAAGAAAUAAUAUUUCCGCCUGGUCUGACACAUCCCACAGCACAGUACUCGUCGCAGUGCAGUCCGAUGCCGUCGACUUCUGGAUUGCACCAUAGCGAUUGGCAGUCCUUUGGGGGACUCGCCCAUUUCCGACCACAAGGCACACAAUCGCAUCCUCCAAAGCCGUCAAGUACGAAGACGCAUAGUCGAGCUUUGUCAGGAUCGUCCGUAGGAUCAAAUGGACCGGCAUCCCCUCUUGACCAAGCCAUUUGUCAUCCACAUAUCGUUCAUCAGGAUAACCCUUCACUAUCUCCCCCUGGUGUCGAUUCUGGAAUAGACCCCACGACUUUGGAACCAACUAUUUCGACACCGAUAAAACUAGUCAAACCCCCGCCCACUCCAACGCAUACACCAACUCGAGACUCUUUCCUGGCACCGGCAUUUCAGAACUAUAAUCCGUCGAGCCCCAACUCACAAUCGAAUUUGGCUGCGCAAAUGGUAAUGAAGCAAGCUCUGAUGGACGAACAACAUGGGACUGCUGAGGAUGAAAUUCCUGGAUUUGCUUAUUCAGGACGACACUCUGUCUCAAGUAUGGGGCACGACUCUCCCGCGACUCCGCGAACAAACUAUGGUGAGGGCGCUGAAGACUUUGCGCAAUCAUCCCAAGCUGGUGAGGAUCUACCGUUGGCAUCAGUAGCGGGGUCUCAGUACUUACCGCUCAACGAUACCCUAGAUUUCCGCACAGUGCCCAAGCUUGGCAGGACCAUUUCAGACAUUUAUCAGGACGAACUUUUUAAUCCCCAAUCAUCAAUACCCACGUCCGUUCCUCCGCCACGCCGUCCGCCAAACAGCAUCAAUCUCCUAUCACCGUACAGAAACGUAUUCACCGAACGAAUACAAGAUGCAAAUACAGGUCAUAUGAAUGCAAAAUCUCAGUCUCCCGGGAAGGCCUUACCCCGCGAGCGUUCUCCCUUCCGCCAAGGAUCACCGUUCGCUCCUCAGAUGAGUAGCUAUCCACAACCACGAUCACAGACUGGUCUCGGAUCAGCUGCUCAGCUGCGUGAGUUACAGAAAGCCGAAACCGACGCCCGGGCUUUACGGCCACAGGAGCCAGAAGGAGAUGAUCUCAGCACGAAGACCAUAUCCCCCAAGGACGCUCUACUGGAUUAUCACGAGUCCGAGGAGGAUACUAAAAUGCCGUUGUUCCACAGCGCAGACGUGGAAAAUUACAGCCCCACCCAGCAACCCGGAACUGGUUUCAGUCCGAACAAUAUACGCAGUGACUUGGAGGAUGAUGGAACCGAUCAAAGUUUCGCCAGUAUGGCGACGAGUAGGAGACCAAGUAGCUCCAGUUACUCGACCACCUCUGGGCCACUUCAGCACAGUGUAAACUUCCCAUUAGUUCCUCCUUCAGUCACUGGUCCCAUCCAGGUGCCGCAACAAUAUCCGUUCAUCCCAACACAUAGACGCCAGGAGACAAGUGUUCCUAUCAAUGGAAAUCAUUACGAGGUUGCACCGGAGUUUCCAGCUCACUUGACUUCGAUGGAAUCAAGCAUCAGUGAGCCUGGGACGGAAGGGACAGUAGACCUCGUGAAACCCGCGGGUGCAAUGGCAGAUGGCGGCACGUACACCUGCACGUACCACGGCUGUACCCUCCGUUUCGAAACUCCCGCGAAGCUGCAGAAGCAUAAGCGAGAAGGACAUCGGCAGUCUACGCCUCAGACAGCUGGCGCAGGCAUGACAUCAGCGGCGCUCAUGCGAAAUAGUCAAGCAGGUCCUCACAAAUGUGAGCGGAUCAACCCAUCAACUGGAAAACCUUGCAACACAAUAUUUUCACGACCAUACGAUCUUACGAGACACGAAGACACAAUCCAUAAUGCCAGAAAGCAAAAAGUUCGCUGUCGUUAUUGCACAGAGGAGAAAACCUUUUCGCGCAAUGACGCUUUGACUCGGCAUAUGCGUGUUGUCCAUCCGGAGAUCGAAUUUAUGGGCAAAGUACGUCGAAGACAUCAAGAAUAG